AGAGCUCAUGAUAGCAAAAUAGUAUUCGCCGCAUAAACGUUAUCCGAAUACUCUUGUAAUAACUGAAAGUAACAUGAUAAACACUGCAGGCCGAAGGUUAGAGAUUAAGUAUUUACACAGAGAAAAAGUAAUUUUUUAAGAUACUUAACCGGCAGGACUAAAAUUGUUUUUGAGAAUGUAAAACGUCAAUGAUAAAGUCAUGGUGUUGCCACUUAUGUGUGUGUUGAUUUUUCCAGUUGCAAUUGUUGCCAUAAUAAGAGCCUUUUAUUUCGUCAUUUAUGUAAAUGGUAAAAGGCCUAAAAAGGCAGAGCGUACUAAAUCUGCAAAGACAUUGAUUGUGCUUGGUUCAGGUGGACAUACAACAGAAGUUUUGCGAGUUGUCCAGCAAUUGAAUAAAGAAAAAUAUAGUCCACGGAUUUACAUACAAGCUAGGACAGAUGACAUCAGUUCCAAAAAGGUUAAACAAGUAGAAAUUGAUGCCAAAGACUACAAAAUCAUUCAGAUUUCAAGGAGCAGAGAAGUUUGUCAGUCUUACCUGACAUCUAUUUUCACAACAGCUAGAGCCAUUCUUCAGUCAUUCCCAUUAAUCUGGAGAGAAAAGCCAGAUUUACUACUGUGCAAUGGUCCAGGAACCUGUAUUCCUCCAUGUUUAGUGGUUUUCCUUUUCAAUGCACUGUUUCUAACGAAUACCAAAAUUGUAUUUAUUGAAAGCUUUUGUAGAGUCAAAAGUUUCUCUCUUUCUGGAAAAAUUUUAUACUACUUGGCCAAUCAUACUAUUGUUCAAUGGCCAGAACUGAAUGGAGCUACUUAUCCUAGGAGUAUUUUUGUAAAAUAAAAUAAACAUGCCUGUGCAGAUAGUGGCCCAAAGUAUUCAGUGGAAUCUUCUGCAAGAAGAUUUAACAGAACAGUUGCCCAAUGAAUUGAAAUUUCAUUUAAAAAAUAUACUCUUAAGAGUUGAAAAUUUUUUUAAAAACAAUAAAUCGCCUGAUGCAAAAAGACUAAAAAUAGAUACAGAAUGGAUAAAAAGUGAUUUAAUAGCAACAGAGGCUUGCUUAGAUCGUACCUGGGAAAUGCUUAACUCGGGCUAUUGGAAAGAUGUCCCCAUAAACUAUAGAUAUUCUUAUUCAUUAUGCAGUAUCAUAAAGUCACUACUACUGGAAAUUUCAACAAAUGCAGAAAAAGAUGAUAUAAAAUUAAUUAGUGUUUUUAAGGAAAUCAUACAACAAAUCGACAAGGGAAUUCUGUUGGGUGCUCCUCUUCCAAAAAAUAAGACUUUGCUGACUAAUAUUGCUUCAGAUUUAAAUAAACAUUUUUCAAGCGUGCCUGAAGCUAAUAGCAAAAAUGUUGAUACAAUAAAAAUUAAUACAGAGGAAUUGUGUACAACUCUUUUUCCCGGGUUUUCAACUAUAGUUAAUUAUACAAAACCAUCAUUGGAAACAUUCUAUUGCAAAAUUUUCAAACCUAAAAUUCCGGCUUUACUCGAAGGUUGUCUUGAGCACUGGCAAGCUUUGCACUUAUGGAAAGAUGCUGAAUACCUCCGAAGGAUAGUUGGAAAUCGAACAGUCCCAAUAGAAAUUGGGUCGCGAUAUACGGAAGACGAUUGGACCCAAAGCCUGGUUACAUUUUCAGAUUUUUUGAGGUCUCACAUCUCGUCUAAAAAUGAAAAAGUCGGUUACUUAGCACAGCAUCAACUUUUUGAUCAGAUUCCUGAAUUAAAAAAUGAUUUUUCUGUACCUGAAUACUGCAGCUUCUCUGAUACUGAAGAAGAUAAUGAAGAACUACCCGACAUAAAUGCAUGGUUUGGGCCAAGUGGAACAGUUUCUCCUUUGCAUCAUGAUCCAAAAAAUAACUUAUUAUGCCAGGUUUUUGGAUACAAAAGAAUCAUAUUGUACAGUCCAGAUGACAAUGAAAAUGUAUAUCCAUAUGAAACAAGACUACUCAGUAAUACAGCUAGGAUUGAUCCAUACAAUCCAGAUUUUGAAAAGUAUCCUAAUUUACAAAAAGCUAAAGCCUUUAUGUGCUACUUAAAACCUGGUGAUAUGCUAUUUAUUCCACCAAAAUGGUGGCAUCACGUUGUAGGACUGACUCCUAGUUUCUCUAUUAGUUUUUGGUGGGAUUAACAUAAAUACACAAUCCAUAAAUGUCAAACAGUGUUUUUAGCUCUAUUUUAUAAAUGAAAUACAUUUCAGCUUUAUAAACA